CCCAAAUAAACCCUAUGCUGUGUUUAGUUUGUGCACAAACAGUUGAUUGGCACAAAACAGUUUUUAAAAUAGCAGACAAACUUAGUGCUCCUGCGAGUGUGCAGUGUUUGGGUUUUUUGUUUGAGGAAGCAGCUUGGUUGUUGGUUAAGAGGUGUCAGAGCUGAAAUACUUCCUCGUCCUUCUUUACUCUCAUCACAGCGAGCUGCAGAGAACAUCAACGGCUCACAAUCCACCGCAGAGCAGAUUGACCUCACAUGUCUCAUACACCGACACCACUCUGUCUUUUCUAACGUCAUAUAAACUACAUUUUUAGCGUGAACUUGUGUAUCACAUAAGAAGCACUGGUGGAAUAUAAACAUCUGAUGACUUUGAUUUUAGGUGUAGAGCAAGUGUUCCCCACUCCUGAGUGAUGCCUCGAUCUUUCUUGGUGAAACGAGGAGGGCUGCACUACCUUCGGCCCACAGCCAGAAGCCCCAGCCCUGGAUCGACACCGGUAACGUUUAGCCAGCUCGGGAAACAGACAGGGUCCUGGGAUACUCCCCUGGAGUUCUCCACAGCGGAAACAGCACAUAUUAGCACAGUACCCAUCACAUUAUUGCAGCAGGACCUUCAGGCUGCCACCAACUCUAAUGGAAGUGGACACCUUCAGCCAGUCAGUUCCAGAUCUUAUGACUGUAGACCUGCAGAGCCAUGCAGGCCUGUCAACUCAAGCACUUUUAGCCCGGUGGAGAAAGUAGAGACUCCCCCUCCCACACCAGCGGUAUGGUCCAUUUCUCAUGUGAGCUCAGGAUAUUCAGACAAACUGUCUGUUGAACUGGAAGACUUGACUCAGCACCCUCAGAUCCUCAGAGAGACCAGGAGCCGUGGCAGCUCGAAGAUCAGUGCUUCGAAGCAAGAGUGUCCACUCUGUAGCAAAGUAUUUUCAUGUCUGUCAAGUUUGAAGACUCACAUAUCCAAGAGUCAUGGAAGCAGAACACCUCUGUCACCAGCACACAUCAAGUCCAGCAGGAGAGACAGGCCCACUGAGCAGUCACUAUUCAGGGGCAGGGAGAGGACUUUCGGCUGUACGGUGUGUGGAAAAAUAUUCAAGCGCUCCUCCACCCUCUCCACUCAUCUGCUCAUACAUUCAGACACCCGGCCAUACCCCUGCCAGUACUGUGGCAAAAGAUUUCACCAGAAGUCUGACAUGAAGAAACAUACCUUCAUACACACAGGCGAGAAGCCCCAUGUGUGUCAGAUAUGUGGGAAGGCAUUCAGUCAGAGCUCCAACCUCAUCACCCACAGCCGCAAACACAGGGACGUCCGGCCCUACCGCUGUUCUCGCUGCCUCUAUGGCUUCCAGCACAAAGUGGACCUGAGACAACACCAGGAGCACCACUGCACUUACCGCUGACUGACACCACUGAGUCUUCAGGCUGAAAGAUAAUGACUGUGCUCAUGUUAUGAUAACGUCAAAUCUUAUAUCCAAAGCUAAUUCGCUUUUAACUGUCUUUUAGGACAUUGAAGGGAGAAAGAUACUGUUCUUACCCUGCUCAAGUUUUCAACAGAGUAAUGUUAGUUAUUAACAGCAUCUGAAGAGGUGUGAAAAAAAAUCAUGUAAUUGUAAACACAACAAAAGAUGAGGGCAAAUGAACGAAUCCUAAGAAAAUACUGUUUAUUUCCCCCCCAGUGAUUUGUCCAUAUUCUCUGUGAUCAUGGGGCAGAACUCCAAGUUUUAUGUUGAGCUGAGCUUUUAUUUUCCCCUCCUCAGUACACUGAUAUGAGAGUGUAGAAAUGUUGCUUUUACACAGACUAGCUGACCAGCUCAGGCAGUAUAUUAUUUUUACCAAAUUAUUAUACUUACAUUUCUGCAAAUUGUCACAGUGAGAGUUGACACCAAGCUUUCAACCCAAUAAAGAAAAUAUAAUGCUUUGCAUUAUACAGGGACACACAGAGAUUUUGUCAGGAUCGCUUGCUCUAUUUAUGUCGUUUUGUUGCAGUUAAAACCAUACCCACCAGGGGGCAGUGUUAGAUUUACUCAUGGAGUAUAGCCAGUCAAGUAUUUACCAGACUGUCUAUAUGUCAGUGGUUCAAAGCAUUUGUAGUGUAGCAUGUGCAGGCAGUAUUUUUGACUUCCAGUCAAGCCAGACUCUCACCAUAUAAUCUGUUUGCUCUUCAGCUCAUGUAUUAUUUAUGCUAUCUGUAUGUUUAGAUUUGUUGGCCAUGUUUGUUUGUUUUCCAGACCAUAUCUGGAUGAUUUUGUGCCUUGAAUAUCUACCAGUAAACAUUUAUAAGGAAAUCAAAAUCUCCAAUCUGCCCAAUAAUGUGUCUCGACUGACACACAAGAGGGACUUCUGGUGUGACCCACCGGAAAAGCCCUAAUUAGCCUUUAAUCCUGAACAAGCGCUAUCAGCAGCAGGGCUGCUGCACGAUGUCCCUCUGUUCACUUUGCAGGCAGGUUGUGUUUACUGGCUAGUUUAAAUCUCGCUCUCUGUUUUAUUCUCCUCUGCAUAAGCUUUCCUUCCUGAGGCCUCAAUAGAUGAUUCCCGAGGGAGGGGAAAAAAAAAAACAAUACAAAAACA